AUGGAGUUUCUCAAGAUUAACUUGGCAGGAUGUGACCAUGCCUCCGCCGUCCAGCUCGUUAGUCGUCCCGUCGUCCGCACGCUAGUCGGAACCAAGUCGAGCGCGUCUCGUUUCCGGAAUCGAUCGUACCGUUAUUCCGUCGCCCGUCCCAGUUUCACACACGCCGUCCCUUUUAUCCAUCGAGUCCCGCUGUCCCCCAACCUCGCGUCACACACGUCGUACCGCGCCGCGCCGCGCCAACCGACGCGUUUCACGCGUCUCCCGCUCGCCGCCGUCUCAGGCCGUAAGGCGUUCGCUCUCGGUCCGUCGCGGGCCGCGUCCUGCUCUCGAGUCCUCACCUCGCCGUCGGUCGUCGCGCCGCACGUAGCUCCCCGUGAUACGCUCCUCCCGCCCCCCACCCAGCAGCCCUUCCUCUCGGACUCCGCACCGCUCCUCCUCCAUCGUUUUCUCGUCCGCAUCGCCUUCAGGCGUCCUCCCCGGGGCGGUCCGUCCCCGGGCGUUCGUUACCCGUCACUAGUCGUACGUUCGCACGCCGCCCAGGCCCCGUCGUUCGGCCCCCCGUUCGUACCGUACAGACUUCCUGCACCCGCCGCGUUUAAGCGAUUCCCCGCUUACCGUCGUUCGUCCGUGUCGUUCGUGAACGUGACCGCCCGUCACCCGUUCGUAUUUCUCGCCGCGCUUCUCACACGCGUACGUCGUACUCCGUCGUACGUCUUCGUCCUUAGCCGCCCACCGUCGCCCGGUCGUUCCGUGUCGCCAGCUUGGGAAGACCCCUUCGCCGGGCAGCUGGGCGACCUCUCGGCUUGCCGGGAGCGCUGCGUCCGAAGCCUCCGGAGUCCUGGAGCCCCUCCCGGGGAGAGUCAGGAUGCCGUUUUCAACGCCUGUUACCGGGGCUGCCGGCUGUUUUCCAUCUGUCAUUUUGUGGAUGCCACCGUGGAGCUGAAUGCGACCCAAGCCGAGUGCGAAUCAGCCUGCAUGGAAGCUUACCUGGGUGGAGAGGAACAGUUUGGCUGCUUGACUGGAUGCAGGACCCAGAUGCCAGUGACAGAAAGCCUAGAAGAAAAGGCACAGGAUCCGAAGCCGGCUCCAUUCUCCGUCUUCGACUUAGUCUCCAACUUCUGUAAUGAUAUUGUCAGCUCGGCUCAGAGCUUCAUAUCCUCCACCUGGACCUUCUACCUUCAGGCAGACGAUGGGAAAGUCGUGGUCUUUCAGUCUCAGCCGGAGAUUGAAUAUCCCGUCCCAGAGGUCCAGGCGCCCAAGCUGGAGGCUUCAGAGGAGGCGUGGACCCCGUCAGCCGCAAACACCCUCAAGCCCCACACAGGUCUUCGGGAGAAGCUGGAAAGGCCUCCGGUGGAAGAGGCCAAGAUCCAAGGCAAAGGCCAGCCCCCUGUGGACAGCCCGGCGCCGCCGGAACACGACUUCCUGGGAUGCAUGUCCAAGCGUUCGGGGCUGCCGCGCUGGAUCCUGGCCGCUUGCCUUUUCCUCUCAGUCGUGGUCAUGCUCUGGCUGAGCUGCGCCAGCCUGGUGACAGCCCCGGAUCAGCACAUCAAGACCCAGCCCUUGAGCAUCAACGGAGACAAGGAGUUCCUGGAUGAUCUGGGCGGCCCCGUGCCAUUCUCUCUGCGCCCGGUCAUUGCGGUGGCUAUUUGCCCAGCCGGAGGCGACCGCGACGGUGAAGAGGAGGCCGGCCCGCUUCCAGUCAAAGUGGAUUUGGACAAGACAGCUGUCUAAGAAGGGCCUCAAUUGUUUCCCCCAUCCCACAAAGAAAGAACCCUUCUCCCAAAAACCCCUCGGUUUCAUCCUCCUGUUGCCCCAUUCACGCUUUUUUGUCAUGCCAGUUGUGUCCAGUUGUUCUCGCCAGCAACAAUCUGAUCCCUCCUGACAGAUGACCUCCGAGGUGACGCGUUCCAUGCUUAGGGAGGAGAAGGGGCAAUGGCUUCCAAACUGGAGCGGACACUUGACCCCUCGAGUCUGCUUUGGGGGACUCUCCUUUUUUGCAGCGAUUGUUGGCAUUGUGGACAGCCCACUCCCACCCCUUAUAAAGAACCUGAAUCAUUCACACACAGAGGACCUCGUGGAUUCCAAAACAUAGUAAUAAUAAUAAUAUUUAUUUCUAACCUCCCUCUCCCCAUGGCAUGAGACUUUUAUUUUGGCCCUUUUAAUGCAGCCUUCUCUGAGGUCCGCUUAGAUUAGAAACACGGCUGGUUUUGGGUUUCCCAUUCGCAAUGCAGAAGGGAGCUUGGCCCUAUCCUACCCCAUCAAAUCCCCCGUAUCUGUUGUUUCCUCUCUAGCAAUAAAAGAGUUGUUAUUCAUUGAGGAUCAGGCACUCGUUUCCCCCAUAGGUCCCCCCUGAGCUAGAGCAUCCCUUCUUCAUGUUCCGCCUUCCCAACGGGUUCAGAAGCACCCCUGUUCCCCUCUCUCUCCUUUCCCAAUCUCUUCCGUCAUCCUCCAGUUCCUUUCAUUGUUGCAAAUUGAGGAGAGGGGCCUUUUGCCUUCCCAGUUGCCUCUCUUCCUCCUCAGCCGUAACUUCGCCUGUCUUGACCGUGGCAUUUAGUGCCACAUCUCUUCAUUUCUCAUCUUUUAACAGGUUGUUGUUAUCUCAUCUCCCAGUUGGAGGAUACAAAAACAAAGGGUCAAAUUAGUACUUAAUAAUAAUAAUAAUAUACGUUAUUUAUAUUCCGCCCUAUCUCUCCGAGGGGACUCAGGGCUGAUUAUAGUGCGCAUCUAUAGCAAACAUUCAGUGCUGUUAGUAUACAAUUAACAAAGACAGACAGUACACAAACAGAGGUAAAGGCUUCCCAUCUUUUUCCAUCUCCGGCAUCUGGAGGCUGUGCUUGACUCCGGUCACUGGGAGGUGCUGUCGCUCCAUCUUCCAUGCCGAGGAGCUUUGUUGUCCUUAGACGCUCUCCCAAUCAAAUCGCCGGCAUGUCUGCAUGGGCGCCUUUUAUUCCCUCCCCACCAAGGCUAUACCUAUUUAUCUACUCACAUUGCUGUUUUCUAACUGCUAGGUGAGCUGAAGCUGGGCUGACCGUUGGGAGCUCACCCCAACCUGGGCCUUGUACUGUCAACCUUUCGAUUGGCAAGGUUUUCUGCAGCUGGCUGUUUAACCCGCGGUGCUAAUGCCCAGCCCUUCUUGGAUUCCUCGAAUGAGGUUGGAAAGCACGUUCCAUCUUUCUGCCUCCUUUGCCUCUUGAUAGUAUGGUGAACGGAAAGCAUAAAGAAAAGGCACCUGUUGUAAAAAGAAACACUUUUGUGUUCUCAUUUGUGAGAUCUUUCCAUAUCCUCCAUUGCUUUUACAAAAUUCCCGCGCUUCCACCCGCCUUUGUCCUCGGCUGACCUGGGCGCCUACAAACCUAGCUCAAAGAGCAAAGGUAAUCCGUAAAGAGAGGAGGAGGAGGAAGCCAGAGGUUUCCCAUCACCCAUUUUCUGGUUGGCUCACCGCUUACCUAUUCUUUCCUGAAAUCCCUUUUUUCCCUGCUGUGAAAUGUUAGAGGGUUCAUCUCCUUUACAUUUUCAGCGCUGUUGAAUUUUCCCCCGUUAUCAAUGUUUUGCACUGAAUGCGGUGUGUCCCGCCAUGUGUCUGCGAUGCUGUUGAAGAACCUCUCGCUUGCGCCGGGCAGGGGAUUUCAAAACAGCCCCUUUCCUGGCUCCGAACCGCUUGUAAAUUCCGCCGAAACGAGUCGUGACAUUGUACAGAGAUUUAACUUAUUUCCUUCCCUCUUUUCCCAGCUUUUUUCUUCCUCCUCUUUCGGAAGUUCCCUCGCAGAAGACAGAUGACCGAAAGUGUACCGCUCUUGGCUUUACAAUUGUUUGUAACCGUUUUAAUGCUUCCUAACCAGGCAUGGGCAAACUUCGGCCCUCCUGGUGUUUUGGUCUUCAAUUCCCACAAUUCCUAGCAGCCGGCUAAAUAUAUAUAUUUAUAUAUAGGAGGGGUGAGUUCCCCCCAUUUGCUGCAACCAUUCUUCCCCCCUUGAGGACAUGCAAUGGGAUCGCAUUGGGCUCGUUCGCCGCCGCAUCACACUCUUGGCUCGGGUUCAGUUCAUGGUCCACUAAGAUGCCUAGAUCAAUAUUCUUAUUGAUAUAGACUAGAACAGGCAUGGGCAAACUACGGCCCUCCGGGUGUUUUGGACUUCAACUCCCACAAUUCCUAACAGCUGGUAGGCUAUUAGGAAUUGUGGGAGUUAAAGCCCAAAACAUCUGGAGGGCCAAAGUUUACCCAUGCCUGUUUCUAACAUAUCUGAAGGUAAAAGGGUAUAUAUAUUUGAAACUGGAUUUGCUAGUUUGUCUCUUUUUUUGUCUUCAUGGGCGGGCACUCUGUUCCUUUCUAGUUUUCCUUCCGAUUCCGUUUUUCCCCCUUUUUCAGAAGAAAUAAAACCUCCGUCGAAUGGCGAUGGAGCAAGCUGAGAAGCCACAUCAAUCGAAUGAACGAACUAAUUAUCUGUCUUAACUGUAUCUGUAUCACUAAUAAAAGAACUUUUUUGUCUGUC